CUAGAAUAUAUAGUUGUGGUGGCUUUUUUUUUAAUUCCUCUGGAACACUUCAGAGUCCUUCUUAUCCUUUGAAUUAUCCAGAUAAUGCAGAUUGUUUGUGGCAAAUACAAGUAAUGAAUAAUUUCCGCAUUAUGCUCACAUUUGGAAAUAUUCAGUUGCAAGGCGGAUGCCAGAAUGACUAUAUUGAGAUCUAUGAUGGGCCACCCAAUACUUCUCCUCUGCUUGGAAGAAUUUGUUCUGGUUCUUAUCUCACAUACACCUCAUCCUCAAACUUUAUGACUGUCAGAUUUCACAGUGACUACAGAUAUUCCAAUAGAGGGUUUCAUGCUGAUUAUCAGUCCUUUCCAGCAGACCAGAACACCACCCUUGUGUGUUUGCCAACCUACAUGCAUGCAGUUGUAGACAGACGCUAUCUCCAGUCAAAGGGCUACUCGGUGUGGAACAUCAACUUGUCUGACUCUUACUGUAGACCAACAAUUACAUCAACUGAGGUUAUAUUCAACAUUCCAUACAACAGCUGUGGUACACGUAGACAGGGCAACAAUGAAACCAUCACCUACUCCAAUGUAAUAAAAGUGCCUGCUACUGGUUACAUCAUCAAGAGGCAAAAGGACCUUCACUUGCACAUCAACUGCAAAAUGCUCCAGAACACCUGGGUGCAAGUAAUGUACAUUGCUGAUGACAUCAUUGAUGUCAAUGAAAUCCAGUAUGGCAGAUAUGAUGCAAACCUGACAUUCUACAAUUCCUCCUCUUUCCUGUGGCCAGUACAUGACUUCCCAUACUAUGUUGACCUGAAUCAGAACUUGUUCCUUCAAGCUUCUCUUCACAGCUCUGACCCAAACCUGGUGGUGUUUGUGGACACAUGCGUAGUGUCACCUGAUCCUAGCAAUUUUAGGACACUGACCUAUGGAUUGAUCAGAAAUGGGUGUGUUAAGGAUUCUACCUACUCUUCUUACUACUCACCACACAGCAAUGUUGCUCGGUUUGCAUUUAAUGCUUUUUCGUUUCUCAACCGAUACCCGUCAGUUUACCUGCAGUGUGAGCUGGUGGUGUGCAGGUACAAAGACUACUCUUCCCGCUGCUAUCAGGGCUGUGUUAGUAAGUUCAAGAGGAAUGCAGGUUCUUCCCAGGAAAAAGUGAAUGUUGUUGUUGGACCUCUUCAACUUCGGGAAGCUCAGGCUGAGAACAGGAACACUGUGCUAGCCUCUGACAUCCAGGCGAAAGGGGAGUCUCAGAGCCCAGCGCCUGCUGCCAGCUCCCCUGUUCCUCUGGCUGUGACCGCCGUGCUGCUGGCAGCUGCUGUUCUUACUGUGGGAGGAUUUCUUUUGAAACGUAAACUGCAGGAACCCAUCCCAUACCAGAUCAUGUGA